GUGGAGCCCUCCCGGUUCGUCUCGGUGCCCAGCAAGAAGCCUGACAAGAUGGGCUUUGACGAGGUCUUCAUGAUCAACCUGAGGCGGCGGCAGGACCGGCGGGCGCGCAUGCUGCGGGCGCUGCACGAACAGGAGAUCGCCUGCCGCCUGGUGGAGGCCGUGGACGGGAAAGCCAUGAACGCCAGCCAGGUGGAGGCCCUGGGCAUCCAGAUGCUGCCGGGCUACCGGGACCCCUACCACGGCCGGCCGCUCACCAAGGGCGAGCUGGGCUGCUUCCUGAGCCACUACAACAUCUGGAAGGAG